GCGAGUGCAGGAUAGCUGGCGGAGUGAGGAUGAGUGACAGGAGCAUGCGCGGUUGAACUAUGGCCGGUGGGAGGAAAGGAGGACGCAUGCGCUGUGUGGCAGGUGGCUGACGGGAGCCGGUGGCUGCGGCGGGACGGUUGAGUUGAGCGCGAUACUGGCAGAAGUAAAUAUGAGACGAUCAGCAGCUCCAAGUCAACGUCUAGGGAAUUCAGCUAAAAAGCCAAGGUUUAUACCCCCAGGAAAAAAUAACACAAUCUGUCUGAAGAAGGAAAAUGAACAGCUGGUUCCAGAAAUUAAGUUGACUGAGGUAGAAGAGAAACAGCAGAAUGGCUCUAAGCAUAUAAGAGCUCUUUCUAGAAUAUGUGGUAUAAAUAUAAAUUCUACACAGGCUGUGGAAUCUCUUGAAGAAAUAAGCUCCAUGGAAAAGUGUAAUGGAGAAAAUGAGUGUGAGGCUGCUGGAAUGAAAAAAGUAAAUAGACCUAAAGCAGAGCCAGUGUAUGUACCAACAGCAGAAAUAGCAAGACACAAGAAAGAGGAAGACGAACCUGACUGCCUUGCAAAAUACUUCAGUGUUGUGUGGUGUAAGGCUUCAAAGAAAAAACACAAGAAGUGGGAAGGUGAUGCUGUUCUUAUUGCAAAAGGAAAGUCUGUGAUACUGAAUGAUAUGGAAGGCAAAGACAUUGGAAGAGGUACUGGAUACAAAUCUAAAGACCUUGAAAGUCUUGAUGAAGGUCAAACGCUGAUGAUUGGAGGAAAAGAAAUUGAAGUGAUGGGUGUAAUUUCAGCAGAGGACUUUAAUAGUGGCAAAUGUUUUCAGACUGGUGUAGGGACGUCCACCACAGUCCCAACUGCUUCUUCACAAAGUACCUUGAAACCAUUCUGUAGCCCAUUCAAAAAUGUCUGCAAGCCAAGCACUAAGGAAAAUCUACUUAAAGAGUCCCAAAACUACAAACCUCGCCAUGAUCCAAAUGCAUCAAAUUCUUUAGUUAUGCCACGUCCAACUCCAGAUCACCAGCGGAUGUUCAAUAAGGCUGGUUUACCUGUGGUAGAUGUAGUUGUGGAUCCUUACCUUGUAAAUCAUCUUCGCCCACAUCAGAAAGAAGGAAUUGUAUUCCUGUACGAGUGUGUGAUGGGAAUGAGAUUAAGUGGCAGAUUUGGAGCUAUUCUUGCUGAUGAAAUGGGUUUAGGAAAAACUUUGCAGUGCAUUUCGCUCGUCUGGACUCUCCUACGUCAGGGGCUCUAUGGAUGCAAACCUAUAAUAAAGCAGGCACUGAUUGUCACCCCUGGGAGUCUGGUGAAGAACUGGAAAAAAGAAUUUCAGAAGUGGCUGGGAAGUGAAAGGAUCAAAGUGUUUACAGUUGAUCAGGAUAACAAAGUAGAAGAGUUCAUCAAUUCCCCACUUCAUGCAGUUCUGAUAAUCAGUUAUGAGAUGCUGCUGCGCACCUUGGACCAAAUUCAGACUAUAGAAUUUAACCUCCUAAUCUGCGAUGAGGGACAUCGUUUGAAAAACAGCUCCAUUAAGACAGCUACAGCCCUCAUCAGUCUGUCCUGUGAGAGAAGAAUUAUCCUGACUGGCACUCCAAUACAAAAUGACCUGCAAGAAUUUUACGCAUUAAUAGAGUUUGUAAAUCCAGGAAUACUUGGUUCUUUGUCCACAUACAGAAAAAUAUAUGAGGAGCCUAUUAUUCGGUCCCGAGAGCCUUCAGCAACAAAGGAGGAAAAGGAGUUAGGAGAGAAAAGAGCAGCAGAACUCACUCGCCUAACUGGACUGUUUAUUCUUAGAAGAACACAAGAGAUCAUAAACAAAUUUCUCCCACCGAAAAAAGAGAGCAUACUUUUCUGCCGACCAACAGCCUUGCAGCUUGAACUCUAUAGAAAACUGCUUAGUUCUCGAGUUGUUAGAUCCUGCCUACAAGGAGUACUAGAAAACAGUCCUCAUCUGAUAUGUAUAGGAGCUUUGAAAAAACUCUGCAACCAUCCCUGUCUUCUGUUUAAAGCCAUAAAGGAAAAAGAAUGUAAUCCAACUUGUGAUGAAUGUGAGGAAUCCAAUCUUUAUGAAGGUUUAAGAGAUAUUUUCCCACAAGAUUAUACCUCCGCCACUUUCACUGAAACUGACUCAGGAAAAUUACAGGUCCUGGCAAAGCUGUUGGCAGCGAUCCGUGAACUCAGCCCUUCUGAAAGAAUUGUGUUGGUAUCUAAUUAUACACAGACACUGAAUAUUUUGCAAGAGAUGUGCAAACAUUAUGGAUACUCUUAUACAAGACUCGAUGGACACACUCCUGUCUCCCAGAGGCAACAGAUUGUGGAUAGUUUUAAUAAUAAUUUCCGUUCAGCAUUUAUCUUUUUGCUGAGUUCGAAGGCUGGCGGUGUAGGUCUGAACCUUGUUGGAGCAUCUCAUUUAAUUUUGUAUGACAUUGACUGGAAUCCAGCCACAGAUAUUCAGGCAAUGGCCAGGGUGUGGAGAGAUGGUCAGAAACACACUGUGCAUAUUUACAGACUGCUAACUACAGGUUCAAUAGAAGAAAAGAUCUAUCAGAGACAGAUCAGCAAGCAAGGCCUUUCUGGGGCAGUUGUAGACCUUUCCAAGACAUCUGAACACAUCCGUUUUUCCAUUGAGGAACUUAAAAAUCUCUUUAUACUACAUGAAGAUUCCAGCUGUGUUACCCAUGACCUGCUUGAGUGCAACUGUAUGGGAAAGAAAGACCAUCAAAAUCCUUCUUCAGAAAAGCUCUCUGUGUAUAGAGGUUGCCAGCUUGGACAACAUCAUGAGAGGGCUGAUUCAAAGAAACCUCUUUCUAUGUCGCAGCUGAUGCAAUGGAAACACUUUUCGGGGCAGCACCAGACUCUUGCUGAUCCCUUCCUUGAAAGAAUAAAGACGAGUAUUUCUUUUAUUUUCCAGAAUGUAACCAAUCCAGCUACUCCCACCCCAUAAAACUAAAUUAUUUUUCCAUGUACAUGAUGUGCCUUGUACUCACUGGUGCCAGUCUUCAAAGAAAAGGAAAGUAUGCAGUUGCCUUUAUGUUGCUGCCAAAACUCAGUGUUUUUACGAGGAGGUUUCUGUGUAAAUGUACAGCUGUUGAUGUUUUUUGUAAAGUUAGAGAGAUACCAUCAGAUUAAAAGUACCUUAUUAGUAAAUAGUUAUAAUUGAAAGAAUUUUAAAAAUUUAAUUUGCUUUUCAACACAUCUGCUGGUUUGGUAUAAUAAUUAGUAGUGGUUUAAACUAUUUUACACAACCUCCUAGUUAGGCCCAAACUACCUGACAGUUUUCUUUCAAUGAUAAUAAUACAUUAAUAAUAAUAAUACAGAGAUGACAACUUAGCUGGAUGUUAGAAGGUACAUUAGGCUAUAGUAUAUAUGUGAUGUUUACAAAUCUCUGACUGGAUUUGUCUCUGCACCUGUAAAGAUAAUGGGCCUGAUUCACCACUACAUUACUCCAGCUUUACCCCAAUAUAACUCAUGGUUUCAGUGGAGUUACCCCAGCAUAAAACUAGAAUAGCAUAGUGGUCCAUCAGACCCAGAUUCUGAGACCACAACUUAAUUGUGCUUGACCAUCUUUUAUGAGAAACAGCAGUGCACGGUGCAUUUAGUUGGGGAAAUUAACAUUCUGUGGUUCCCAGCUAUACUCAAUGCAGGUGCAUGUUAUUUCUAUCUAAAUAGAUAUGACGAACAUAUUUUUCUGAAUCUCAAAGCAUUGCAUACAAUGUAAUUGCAGUAUAAUAUUAGGAUGAUGAUUUGUUUCUUUAUGUGAUCAGGCAUAAGAAUCUGAAAUAGCAAUUAUAGCUUUAAAAGUACCUUGUGUGGUAUCUCAGCUAUGCAAUUCCUCUCUAUAAGAAGAAUAUUUUAUUCACAAAUGUGAAAAAUGGAAUCUUAUGAACAAAAAUGUGGCAUUAUUUCCACUAGAAAUGUAUAGAAUACUAGAAGUGUAUAGAAAGUGAAAUCACUUUUAAUAAAAUUAAAAUUGUAA